AUGACUAUUCUUGUACUGGGUGGGCGGGGUAAAACGGCCAGUCGUCUUGCGGCACUUCUGGACCAAGCCAAAACUCCAUUUCUAGUUGGAUCUAGCUCGGCGUCUCCCUCUGACCCCUAUAAAUCCAGCCAGUUCAACUGGCUGAAAAGAGAUACGUGGGAGAGACCAUUCGAACAGGCCGGGAAGCAUGGAUUGGGUACAAUCUCGUCCAUUUAUCUAGUUGGGCCUCCUGUCAUGGAUAUAGCCCCGCCUAUGAUCGAAUUCGUUGAUCUAGCUCGCGCUAAAGGGGUUCAAAGAUUUGUCCUUCUCAGCGCCAGUACUGUUGAGAAAGGUGGACACUCGAUGGGACAGGUCCAUGCAUAUCUGGACUCUCUGGCAGAAGUUGAGUAUGUGGCACUACGACCAACAUGGUUUAUGGAGAAUCUAUUAGAAGAUCCCUCUCGCGAGUGGAUUAAGAACGAAAAUCAAAUCAUAACCGCGACUGGAGAUGGUAAGAUUCCAUUCGUCUCAGCCGACGACAUUGCUUCCGUUGCCUUUCAUUGCUUGACUGAGUGGGGAUCGCACAAGACGGAAUAUGUCAUUUUAGGUCCAGAGCUCCUAUCGUAUGGGCAGGUGGCGGAGAUUCUCACCACAAUUUUGGGCAAAAAAAUCAUCCACCGCAGCCUUACAGAAACUGGACUUGCUGAACUUUUAGUAAAAAAGGCAGGGAUACCUGCAGACUUUGCAGCUAUGCUUUCGGCCAUGGAAGUUGAUGUCAAGAAUGGCCCACAAGAAGUUCUCAACAAUUCUGUGGUGGAAGUGACGGGAAACCCCCCACGGUAUUUCAAGGAUGUAGCAGAGCAUGAGAAGCACGUCUGGGCUUAG